GCUCUCCUGGAUGCUUUAGUAUUUACUGAGCAGCUCACUCACCCGUCCACCAGCUGGCCAUCUAAUUAGAUGUGCCCCCUGGCCCUGCGUUCUGUCAUUGCUCUUGAUGCUCACACCCAUCUCUGUGCGAAGACAUCCAUUUCUCCCUGAUUUGUCGUCGUGAACAUGGGCUGAUGCGGGAAAUUAAAGGGUCACUUUAAAAAUACGGAGAGCGGCAGAGUGUGGAAUGGGGCACGCGCAUGAGGACUCGCCCGAGUUACCGGCGCCAGAGGUUGACGAUGUGAUCAGGGGCGCGGUGGAAUGGAGCUUCCGGGAGCAGCACGAGCGCGGCUACUGGGUGGGGACGCUGGAGUCGUGCUGCCAGUUGGAGGUGGAAUUCCUGAUGUGUUUGCACGUCCUGGGGAUUGAGCCCAGCGAGAAUAAGCUCGCGGAGGCCGUGGUGCGCCGCGUGCGCGCUAAGCAGCGCGCGGAUGGCGCCUGGGACAUUUACCCGGGAGCGCCCGCCGGUGACAUUAACACCACCAUCGAGAGCUACAUCGCGCUCAAGCUGCAUGGCGCGCGCGUGGAGGAGCCCGCUAUGGCGGCCGCGCGCGCCUGGAUCCUGGCGCAUGGCGGGAUCUCCCACCGCGUGCGCACAUUCACCAAGCUGUGGCUGGCGCUCCUGGGCGAGUGGUCGUGGGACGACGUCCCGUGCCUGCCGCCCGAGCUCAUCUUCCUGCCGCACUGGGCGCCCUUCAGCGUCUACCAGUUCAGCUACUGGGCUCGCCAGGUGAUCGUGCCAAUGGCCAUUCUCUGCGUGCGGCGCCCGGUGCACCCACUCCCAGCGCAUCUCCGCUGCCGCGAACUGAUCCGUGAGAAUGAGUUGUCGUCACGAGAUCUGCAGCCCAGUCGGAAAAUGGUAUCAUUCCUGGACGGGAUCCUCCGCCAUGUAGACAACGCGCUGCGCUGGUACGGGGAGCGGUGCCUCGUGAAGCCAGGCCGCGCCACAGCCGUGGAGUGUUGCGUGGCGUGGGUUCUCAAGCGGCAGGAAUGCGACGGGAGCUGGCCGGUCACGACCGGGUGGUUCCUUGUGCUCAUGGCGCUGAAGACGGAGGGGUUCCCGCUCGACCACCCGGUGAUGCGCAGCGGCGUAGCGGCGUUCGACACAGUCGCCGCCGAGACGGAGCAUGGCACCAUCAUCCAGCCGGGGACGUCACCCACGUGGGACACCGUGCUGACGCUUCUGAGCAUGUUGGACUGUGGAGUCGACGUCCGCGAUGCGCGUUUCGCGCGCGGCGUGGAGUACAUCCUGUCCAAGGAGGUCCGGUCGCGGUCCGGCGACUGGAGCCUCAAGGUUGCGCCCACCGUCGCGGCGAGCGGCUGGUAUUUCUACCACGAGAACGAAAUGUACCCCGACGUGGACGACACCGCGGUCGCCAUGACCGUCCUUCUCGGAGUGCCUCGCGCGCGGGUUCCCCGACACGGAGGGACGGGUAACGGCCGCGCUGGAGCGCGCGCUGAGGUGGAUCACGGCGAUGGUCAGUCGCAACGGCGCGUGGGGCGCGUUCGACAAGGACAACACCAGCAAGCUGAUCACGGCGCACCCGUUCUGCGACUUCGGCGAGGUGCUGGACGCGCCGUCUGCGGACGUCACGGCGCAUGUCGUGGAGACGCUGGGCCGGAUGGGGCGCACGCUGAAGGACGCGCUGGUGGCCAAGGCCGUGGCGUACCUGCGCGCGGAGCAGGAGGACGAUGGCAGCUGGUUUGGCCGCUGGGGCGUCAACUACGUGUUCGGUGUGGGCGCCGUGCUGCCGGCGCUGCAGGCCGUGGGCGAGGACAUGCGCGCCGAGUACGUCCAGCGCGCAUGCUCCUGGCUGCUCUCGCGCCAGAACCCGGAUGGCGGCUGGGGCGAGUCCUGCGCCUCGUACGUCGACCUGCAGCAGCGCGGUGUCGGCCCCAGCACCGCGUCCCAGACUGCGUGGGCACUCAUGGCACUGGUGUCAGUGCGCCACUCCAGCGAGUACUACGACGCAAUCAGGAAUGGUGUGGAGUAUCUGGUGCGGACGCGCACAGCGGCAGGCUCAUGGAGUGAUGGCGGCCUAUUCACAGGCACUGGAUUCCCUGGCAACGUCGUAGGCACGCGGAUCGAUCUGGGCACCGAUAGCUCCAAGCCGGGCCAUGGAAACGAGCUCAGUCGCGGCUACAUGUUGCGCUACCACAUGUACCCGCAUUACUUU